AUGGCCAGACUCGCGCUAUGCGCUUCUGUUGGAGUGCUGGCUCUUGGCAUGAAAACUUUCUCUGACGAGAGGUCAGCAUAUGCUGCCCAAAUGGGCAACAUAACCAACAUGAUGGUUCAGAACCUCCAACGUUCGAAAGGCUACGACGCUGUCUUCUUUCGCGGCUGCCUCGACUUCGUGGAGAAGCAGGCCAAUGAGAGCAUUCCGGUGGUGGCUCAAGUGGAACUUCUCGGGGCUGCGUGCAAGUCCGGAAGUUUCGGCGGGGACGGUGGCGACGUUCUCAGCGUGGUGGAUCCAAGCAAGCUUGCUUCCGAGUGUGACCGGGCCGUUCGCAACAUGGACUUGCAAACUCGUCUUCUCGGGCCGGACGCAUUUCGGGACUCCAGCGCUUUCUGUGCUGUGUUUGUCGACCUCGUGCUUCCCAUUGAUGCGGAGCCGAAAUGCAUGCGCUUUGUGGAGGACAUAUCCUUGGUUCAUGCCGAGUUCUCUGGCACUCAGCACGUUUGGCCAGCAAUCAUUGCUCAGCACCACUUUGACGAGGCUUUCAUGCGUGUCUGCUUGGAGGAGAAGCAGUUGAAGGCUGAGGAGCAGGGUCACGCUGGUCUCUGGGGAGCAGGUUCUGACGAGUGCAAGAUGGUACUGGAGCGAGUGCUUGCUUACAGCUGGGCGAAGUAUCACAAGCUGGUCGACUUCUUCGCAGAUGCGUGCCCCUUAAUGGGUAUGCCGCUGCCGCUUCCUGGUAACCGCACGUUUGCUGAUCCAUUGAGAGUCACAAGGCGUGCCGUGACUGCCUCUCUCUUCCACCGUGCAUCCCACAUUGCUCUCGCUAAGCAUGGGGGAAACGUGUCCUCCCCAGAUGUGUCCCACUUGUUUGGGCCAAGCAGCGGCUUUAGUGCCAUGCAGCUGAUGGAUUCCACAAUGGCGAAGAAAGGAUCCAGUUCCCGUCGCCGGAGGUCCGAUCCGCGACGUCGUCGUAGCCGCCGCCGUCGCUGCACAAUGACCGACGAGGCAUCGGCUUGCUGCAGUGGGAAAGCUUACUCGUGGAGUCACGGGGUGGAGUUUGGAGCUAUCAUCACGAUCACCCAGUCAGGCAGUCUCACAGCAGGUGGCUUUGAAGAGUGGACACCAGCCAGGUCGGGCGAAAUUGAACAGACGUGUGUGCACAAGAAGGCCGCAAUCCGCGAGUCCUGCUUCAACUUCGGUUUCGAUUUUGGUGUGGACUAUGGCUUUGCCCACGGAUGGUUCAACAAGUUCAGUGACAUACUGGGUACGGCCCGCAUAUGGGAGUUUGGCUUCUGCUUCGGUAUUUGUCUCGGAGGUGGCGUCAUUGACACCGGCAAGCUUGGUGACGUUAUCGGGGGGACAAUCGAGUUCGGUGCUGGCAGCCCCAGCAUUGAAGGCAGCUGUGGCCAAUGCGAGGCUUGGCUUUCUGACGGUGAAGGAAGUGAAGACACCACCUACUUCAGAGAGCUUAAGUGCCCAAGUGGCUGCUUCCCUGCAGAUGCAAAGGUGAUGACCCCUGCUGGCCCCAAGGCUAUGCAUUCGCUGCGAGUUGGAGAUCGUGUUCUCAGCAUGGAUAAGCACGGCCGCACUUUCUUUGAUGACGUCUACUUCUUCGGCCAUGCAGAUCCCAAAGCCUUCACACCCAUGGUGCAACUGCGCUUGAGAUCCUCGCAGUCUGACCAACAUCUCAGCCUUCAGCUGUCCCCUGAUCAUUUCGUCCAUGCCUGUCCCCGCAAGUACCCUUGCGAAUGGAGCGAGUCACGCUUGCUUUAUGCGGGUGAGGUUCUGCCUGGUGCGUUUCUGUGGACAGCUGAAGGAUGGCUCGCGCAAGUCCUCAACAGCAGCCUGGUCCCGAAGCUUGGCCUCUUCAACCCAUACACGCUUUCAGGGACCCUCGUGGUGAAUGGAAUGGUGGUCAGUGCUCACAGCAGCUGGCUGCUUGAUGAUUGGGUACCUCCAAGGCUCACUGAGUAUCUCCCGUUUCUUUACCAGGGCAUCUUCAUCGGUGGCCGUUGCCUCUACCACACUUUCGGCUCAUCAGCAGCUGAUUGGAUCGGAGUGAACAACCCGCAUGAGCAAACACCUUGGCUGGCAUAUCUUGUGGCGAUUUUUCCAUGUUUCGCUUUGCUCUGUACAGCUUGGGGAUUCAGGGUCCAGUGUUGCCGGAAGCAUCCCCCCACCUUUGAAAACCAACAAAUAGGGGAAAAAACCCGAGCUUCGGAGGCAAGGAUCCGACAGCACAAGGACUCUCUCUGA